GCGCCUUCGAGUGGUACGGCGCGUGGCCCGAGCUGCGGGCGCCGCUGGGGCGCUACCUGCGCCCGCGGGACGCGAUCCUUGUUGUUGGCUGUGGCAACUCGGAGCUGAGUGAGCAGCUCUAUGAUGAGGGGUAUCAAGACAUCACCAACGUGGACAUUAGUGAGGUGGCUGUCAAGCAGAUGCAGGAACGCAGUGCGCGCCUGAGGCCCAAGAUGGUUUACGUGGUCAUGGAUGUGCUGCGGAUGGAGUUCCCCGAUGGGCGCUUCCAGGUGGUGCUGGACAAAGGCACUCUAGACGCCCUCCUGACUGAAGGGGAAGAGACCGCUUUGAGACGGGCAGAAGCAAUGUUCGCCGAAAUUGGCCGUGUCCUGCAGUUUGGGGGUCGCUACCUAUGUGUCUCCUUGGCCCAAGCGCAUGUAUUGAAGGCCGCUGUGGACUAUUUCUCCCAGGAAGGCUGGAUGGUUCGAAUACACCAAGUCUUUGGCAACGAAGCAGGCCCUUCAGAGGGAGAAUUUGCCCUGCCCGUCUUUGUCUAUGUCAUGACAAAGAUCAGGCAAGUUUCAGGCUCAGCUUCUUGCAUCCUGGAGCUGUGUGCUGAAGCGCAGGACAAGCCUGUCCGGUUCAAGAGCGCCGAGCAGCUAAUUGAGGCCGUGCAAGAGAGGCAGCAGUACUCUCUGUUUCGGAGUCAGCUCAGCAAGAACCCCGGUGCAGGGAGCGUCUCUCUGGAUCUCUGCAGCAAGGACUCUGGCCGCGCACGCUACACUGUGCACGUAGUGCAUCACCUCGCUGUGAAAGUGUCUCGUGACAACCAGUUUGCCGUCUUCAUCAUUCCACAGGGCAGAGAAACGGAAUGGCUCUUUGGGACAGAGGAGGGGCGGAAGCAGCUGGCAGCAAGUGCCGGGUUCUGGCGCCUGGCGACGGUGGCCUUGCACAGAGACCAGCACUACGAGGGAAUGGGAGCCAUCCAGGCGGAGCUCUCGGAAAAGGUGAUGGAGCUGGCCCCACCUGGCCUUCCAGCCCAGCAGCAGGUGCCCUUUCUGUCCGUGGGCGGAGACAUCGGAAUCCGCACUAUCCAGCACCGUGAUACGAGUCCCUUUAGCGGGGAGUAUGUGAUCGAGGAUGUGAAAGGAGAGGACACCCGCUAUUUCCGCCGCCUCAUCUUCCUCAGCAACAGGAAUGUGGUCCAGUCGGAAGCAAGGCUUUCCUCCAAGGCGUCCCACAACAGUGAAACAAGAGGGAACAAGAAGCACAAGAAGAAGAAGAAAGGCGCCGCCACCGAUCGUGCCCCCCCAACCGCCGCGCCGGGCAGCCAGUCCGUUGACACAAGCUACCUGUGCUGCGCCCACCACAGAGCCAUGGUGGCAGGCCUGUGCCUGCUGGAAGGUCCCGCGUGCCUCCCCGCGGCCCCGAUCCGUGUGCUGGUGAUCGGCCUGGGUGGCGGCAGCCUGCCCCUCUUCCUGCACGACUACCUCCCGCAGUGCCGCGUCGACGUGGUGGAGCUCGAUCCCGCCAUGCUGGAAGUGGCUCGGCGCUGGUUUGGCUUUCUGCCAGAAGACAGGCUCCGCGUUCACAUCGCGGACGGGCUGGCUUAUGUGGCCAACCUUGCGGCCGAAGGCUCCUCCUCUUACGAUGCCGUCAUGUUUGAUGUGGAUAGCAAGGAUUCUGCCUUGGGAAUGAGCUGCCCGCCCCCCGCCUUUGUGGAGAAGGCCUUCCUGCAGAAAGUGAAGUCCCUCCUGAAACCGGACGGCAUUUUUAUUCUUAAUUUGGUGUGUCGGGAUCCCCAGCUUCGAGAGGCUGUCCUGGGUAGCCUUAAGGAGACGUUCCCUUUGCUCUACAUCCGAAGGAUUGAAGAUUAUCCCACCUUGUGGAGAGGAGAGAAGCAGCAACAGCCCUUUGCGGUCAGAAGAGAGGGCUCUGCACCUCCUGCACAGUCACGCCUCUUGCACUGCGAAGUGAUGGGCCUUUUCUUCGAAGAGUUGGCUAGAAAAUGCCUCGAUGGUCCCUGUUCAAGACACCUUUCACACGGGAGACUGAGGUGCUGAGGGGGGGCUGGCAGUGAAGGGUGCUCAGAAGUAGCUCCUGGCUCUGUGCUUGCCUGGAAAUCGCUGUGACCGUACGGUCCCUGCCAUUCAGUGCCGUCCCGCACUAGUCGCCAGCAAAGAAGGCCCCCAUGCUUUAAAUAAAGGAGUUUCCCGAUUGGUA